AUGAGCUGGUGCAAACUGCUUACUUUGGUCGCGAUUUCCGCGUCAUAUGUUCUCGCAGACGACUCAGACCUUUCGCUUAACGGUACCUGGUCAUCUAAGGCAAACACUGUGUUUACAGGACCAGGAUUCUAUGACCCUAUUGAUGAACUCUUGAUUGAACCAGCACUGCCUGGAAUCAGUUACUCAUUCCACGAGGACGGCUACUUUGAGGAAGCCAUCUACCAAGUCACUCCAAACCCCAAAAACCACUCUUGUGCAGUCGCCGCGCUCAUUUUUCAGCACGGUACCUAUGAAGUUAAUUCGACUGGUUCGAUCAUCCUUACACCAUUUGAAGUCGACGGAAGACAACUUUUGAGCGAUCCUUGCAAUGACAAUGGUGUGUCUACAUAUUCCAGAUACUCACAGAAAGAGGUCUUCAAAAGCUAUGAAGUGUCCCUGGAUACAUUCCACGGAAGAUACAAGUUGAGACUCUACGAGAGCGACGGCUCACCAAUGCAGCCCUUGUACUUGGCCUACAGACCACCUCAAAUGCUCCCAACUAUCACCAUGAACCCUACAGCGGACGCCGGUAGCGCAUCAAAUACAGAGGCGGCGGCUUCAUCAUCUACAGGAUUAUCAAAAAAGGUCAAGAGAGCUUUAGAGAAUAGAUACAGAACUAACGCUGUGAGGAAGUCCAAAUACAACUAUGAUAUGUUGUGGUAUGUGUCGAUAGCAAUGAUCCUUGUGGGAGGAUUGAUGGUCUUGAGAGGAUGAAUAUUAACUAGCAAUGUGAACUAUCUGUAUAAGAAUCAUAAACCUAUUUCUUGAUCUCGUAGAUUCUUCUGAACUUGUCAUCGAUCUCCACCAAAUAGUAGGACCCCUUUGGAAUGUAUUCAAUGUCUCCAGAUGGCUUGAAGCUCUUUUGCAGGUGGAUCCUCUCUCUCAAGCUCAAACAAGCCUCGUACUCCUCCGGGGUCUUUUGCAUUCUGCUAUCAAGCUUCUGUUGAAUAUUAAGAAUCUUGAUGAUGUGGGAAAGGUCACCAGUAACCUUUAAGGAGAAGAGAGAAGCAGCGAGUCCAGAACCAUAAGAGAAAAGACCAAUUCUCUUACCCUGAAGUGCAUCGUUACCCACGUAGUACAACAAAGAAGCCAGCGAUCCGUAAACAGAUCCAGUGUACAUGUUACCGAUGUUGGUUCCCACCUCCAGAGAUGGGGCAACUCUCUCCUUGUGAAGAGGCUUGGCGAUGUUGACAAAGGUUUUCUCCAGUGCCUUGUCAGUCAAAGAAGCUUCGUAGUCAACGGAAGCGAGCCCGACAUCAACAUCUGGGAAAUCAGACUGGUCCUCUCUGAAAUCGUUGUAGAGCAUUCUUCCGUAAGACUUGGCAACCAACUUGCAGUUCGGAACGUGGAACACGUUGUAAUCAAAGAACUUCACACCAACAAACUUGGACUUGCUCAAACCUUUGGCAGCAGCCUUCUUGGAGUAGUUGGCAUAGCACUCAUCAACUGCUUUGAUGUAACAUGUUUGCGAGAAGUGUCCAUCAACCACAGGAUACUCAGAUGUGAAAUUUGGCUUGUAGAAGUCGUAAGCAUGCUGCAUGUAGGAGCCUCUAAUUGGCUCAAAUGUCAGAGGAGCGUCUGGGCCGAUCAGCAUGGCAACAGUACCUGCACCUCCGGUUGGUCUAGCUGCACCCUUCUCGUAGAUGGCGAUGUCUCCACAAACAACUAUCGCGUCUCUGCCAUCCCAAGCAGAGGACUCGACCCAGUUGAUGGCGUUAAAAACAGCAUUGGUACCACCAUAACAUGCGUUAAGGGUGUCCACACCCUCAAUGUCAGUGUUAUCGCCAAAGAGCUGCAUCAACACGGACUUGGCACUCUUGCUCUUGUCAAGAAGCGUCUCAGUUCCCACCUCCAGUCUACCGAUGGAAUUAGGGUCGAUGUUGUAAUUCUUCAGCAAGUUGCUGCAGACAGUCAAUGCCAUGGAGUAAAUGUCUUCUCUAUCGUUGACAAAGGCCAUCUUGGUCUGUCCCAAACCAAUAGUAUACUUUCCUGACGAGACGUUAUCAAAGGACUCGAGGUCAGCCUGGCUGACAUACUGGCCAGGAACGUAGAGUUCAAUAGCCUUAAUUCCAACGUUUUGAGGGCGAGUCAUGGUCUUUGUGAGGA